AUGCCAAACGUCGGAGAAGACAAGUGGAGCCCGGGAGGUGGUGGUGGUGGUAAUGGUGCAGGAGGAGGAGGAGAAGCGGAUGAUGACGACGACGACGACGGGGACUUGAUUGAAGAGAUGUCCCACAAGAGUAGCAGCAGUGGUGGUGGCGGAGGAGGAGGAGGAGACGGCCGUCGUCUUCUCGUGUCGUCGUUUCGUCGUCCGCAACGCGUGUCUUGCACUAAUAAUAGCAUUAGUAGUAGUACUGGCGGCGUCGGUACUCGUGCUGCGGCUGCGGCGGCGGCGGCAGCGGCAUCCUCCUAUCUGGAGCCGACGCAAGCGGCGGCGUCGUCGUCGUCGCUGUCCAAGGCCUUGAGCGAACUGACGGCUGAUUUGGCGGAGGAGCAUUCGACGUCCACUUUGGCAGCGGAGAAGCUGGAGGCGGAGACGGCGGAAAGGAUGCGGCUGCAGCAGGAACUGGGACGGCUUCAGCGGAUGUUGGCCAAGCACGAGGAAGACGUGGAGCAGUUGAUCAACGUGAAGAAGAAUUUGGAAAAGCGGUUGCACGACGCGCAAGAGGAAGCCGAAGAGCAGCGACAGGUUGUGAGUCAGUGGAAACGGAAGGUGACUCGGUUGCAGGGAGAAUUGGCCGACCUCAAGCACCUUCACGAGGACCAGACCGGACGCAACAACAUUCUCGAGAAGCGCCAGCGCAAGUUCGACGCGGAACUGUUGUCGGCGCAGGACGAGGGCAAGGCGGAGCGACGCGAGAAGGAGCGGGUGCAGCGGGAGCGGGACUUGGCGCUCGGCGACAAGUACUCGUUGGAACAGGCUCUACAGUCGGUGCGGCUGGAGUUGGAGGUGAAGGAGGAGCGGGUGCUGGCCCUCAUGAAGGAGCUGGACGACAUCUCCGCCUCGUCGGCCGGCGACAACGAGCUCACUGCGCUCAAGCGGCUCAAGCACGACCUGGAACUCCGAGUCAAGGAGCAGGAUGAAGAAAUGGACGACAUGAGUGGACAGUUGCAAAUGUGCGAGGCGGCCAAGACGAGGCUCGAGAUGUCCCUGGAGCAGAUUCGCAAGGAGCAUCGGAAAGAGAUUGCGCAGCUCACGGACGAGAUGGAGGAGAUCCGAGCCAAUGCUCAAAAGAAAAUUAAUUUUUUAAUCUACUAUAAUUAUUUCCUUUUUCUCCUCUCAUCGAAUCCAUCAUCUUCAUCAUCAGCCCUGGAAGCACAGUUGGAGACGGAGCACGACGAACGGACGAUGCUUGUGCGCGAGAAGCACGAGCUGGAGCGGAAACUGACUGAGCUGCACACGUCCGGACUGGCGUCCAAGGCGGACAUGUCCAAGGUGCAGGCCCUCAAGCGGGAGCUCAAGAAGACGCGGGCCCUGUUGCACGACGCCCAGGCUGCCCUGGACCGGGCCCAGAAGGACAACAACCCGUCGAGGAUCAUCAUCCGCCAGCUCAAGAACCAGGUAUGA